CGCGCACGGCGGGUCGCGGCGGCGAUGGGCCGCCUGCCGCUGUGGCUGUGCGCCGCGGCGGCGCUGCUCUCGGGGGCGCAGGCCAAGGGCACCCCGCUCCUGGCGCGGCCCGCGCCGCCCGGGGCGCCCCGCUUCAGCCUCUACACGGCGGGGUGGCGCCCGCGGCUGCGCCCGGGGCCGCACAAGGCCCUCUGCGCCUACGUGGUGCACAGGAAUGUGACCUGUGUCCUACAGGAGGGAGCCGAGAGCUACGUGAAGGCGGAGUACCGGCCGUGUGGAUGGGGGCCCCAGUGCCCCGGGACAGUCACGUACCGCACGGCGCUCAGACCCAAGUACAAGCUCGGCUACAAGAAGGUGACGGAACUCUCCUGGCGCUGCUGCCCUGGGCUCACUGGAGAAGGCUGCCCCGAGCACCUCACAGACCACGGGGCGGCGCCCCCCCAGCCGGAGCCGGAGCCCCAGAUUCCCUCUGGGCAGCUAAGCCCAGGCCCCAGGCCCCCUCCUUCCAGCAGAGCCACCCCCAGCCCCUACGGACGGAAAAGCCUAGGGCUGUUUGGUGAGCGGCUAGAACGCCUGGAGGGCGAUGUCCAGCGCCUGGCACAAGCAUACGGCACCCUCAGCGGCCUGGUGGCCAGCCACGAGGACCCCAACAGAGCUCCUGAUCCCCGUGUGGGCUUCGGAGGCAUCCCCGAGGGGUUUGCGAACCCCGGAGACGGGGCCGGAGGGCCGCUCACACCGCCUCUGGAUGAGAUCUUGAGCAAGGUGACCGAGGUGAGCGACACGCUGCGGACCAAGGUGCGGCUGCUGGACGAGGUGCACGGGCUGGCCCUCGGCCACGAGGCCCACCCGCAGCGGCUCCGGGAGGCGCCCCCGUCUCCGCUCACCUCCCUGGCCCUGCUGGACGAGUACGUGGACCGCCGGCUGCACCGGCUCUGGGGGAGCCUGCUGGACGGCUUCGAGCAGAAGCUGCAAGGCGUGCAGAGCGCGUGCGACCUGCGGGUGCAGGAGGUGCGGCGGCAGUGCGAGGAGGGCCAGGCGGCCAGCCUGCGGCUGCACCAGAGCCUGGAUGGCCGGGAGCUGGCCCUGCGCCGGGAGCUCUCGCAGCUGGGCACCCGGCUGCAGGGCCUGAGCGUGGCCGGCAGGGGCAGCUGCUGCAGCCAGCUCGCCCUGGUCAGCGCCCGCGUGGACAGCCUCGAGAGCAACCUGCAGGCCGUCACCGAGGUCCAGAGGGGCCGUGGCGGCCCCGGCACCGGGGACGAGCUCACGCGGCUCUCCGCUGCCAUGCUCGACGGGGGUGUGGACGGACUUCUCGAGGGCCCGGAGACCCUCAAUGGGACAGAGCGCGGAGGGCGGGGCUGCUGUGGGGGGGUGGGGGAGGGGGGAGGCGGGGUGGGCGGCUUCAGGACCGUGCUGGAGGAGCGCGUGCACAGCCUGGAGGAGCGCCUGCUGGCGCUGGCCGGGGAGCUCGGCGGCAGGCCAGCGGGGCCCCUGGUGCGGGCGGAGCUCGCCGUGCUGGAGCAACGGCUGGUUUCGCUGGAGGCCUCCUGUGCCCCCAGCGCCACCUCGGCGGUGCUGAACAACCUCGUGGCGGAAGUGAAGGCCUGGCAGAGCCAGAUCGAGGUCCUCCUCGGCCAGGUGGCCGGCCACACGGCCUUACUGCAGCAGCUCAACGGCACCGUGGCCGAGGUCCAGGGGCAGCUGGCCGAAGCCACGGGCAGCUCGCUCCAGGGCGAGAUCACCCUGCUCAAGGUCAACCUGAACUCCGUGAGCAAGUCACUCACAGGCCUCAGCGACUCCGUCAGCCAGUACUCCGACGCCUUCCUGGCCACCAACAGCUCCCUGGACGAGCGGGAACGCAAGGUGGAGGCCGAGGUCCACGCCAUCCAGGAGCAGGUCAGCAGCCAGGGCUCGCGGCUGCGAGCCGGCCAGAGGCAGGUCCUGAGCCUGCGGGGGGAGCUGGAGCAGCUCAAGGCCGGCGUGGCCGGCGUGGCGGGCGGGCUGAGCCGCUGCCAGGACACAGCCCAGGAACUCCAGCUGGCGGUGGGCCGCUUCGAUCAGAGGGUGGCCCAAGUGGAGGGCGUGUGUGGGAAGCUGGGCCCCGUGGCUGCAGACCUCAGCAGCUUGCCCGCUGACCCACGCAGGCCCGGGGAGGGCCUGUGGGGCCACGUGGAUCGGCUGAACCGCACGCUGGCCCAGCACGCACAGGACAUCGCCCGCCUCCGGGAUGACCUGCUGGAUUGCCAAGCCCAGCUGGCGGAGCAGGGGCGGCCGGGGCGGGCCAACUAGGCAGGCUGGACAGGACCCAACCCCUCAGAUCCUACCAACCCUGGGGACAUCGCCCCAGAGCCCAGACCAUGCUCCCAGCCUCCCUCGGCCAUUGCAGAGGCUACUGAAGGAACAGUCUUGGUCCAGCUGCACGUGACUGCCUCAGACAUGAACCUCCGUGCUCACUGCUGCACCAACUGGACAGCUCAGGGCAGUGGCCAAGGCGAGUACAACGUGCCUGCACACCUAAGAGACCUCACCAUCCAGUUUGCCAGUUGCCUUUCUGCAGACAUGACUUGGCUCCUGGGCAAAGACUGCAGGUCCGUUCUCAGACAGUGGCCUGUCCACAUGCCCCUUUGCCCACGGGCAGCAGGCCCGAGCCCACGGAGGCUCCUGGUUCCUUUGUCCCCUUAGCUUCUCUCCCGCCCUCUGCAGGAAGGUGCUGCCCAUCGGCCCUGUCCUCACACCUGGCAGCUCCACAGAAGCUAUUUCUGAACCAAGGACCGGAGGCUCCCGCCACCACACGCCCUUCCGGGCAGAACACUCACACAGACUCAGGCACGACUUCUCUUUAUUCCUUUGGGUCCUCCCCCAAGGUGGGGGCUUGGGGGAUCUGUCGAUUCCCAGAGGACAGCCUCAGGCCCAGGGGAUCUGUUCGGAGAUCCCCACACGGUCCCC